AAGUUUACGACUACCGAAAUUGAAGAUUCAUCAUAUUAAAGAUAAUAUUAAGAUUAAUAAUAAUAGACAGUAUUCAGAUUUUAUAAAAGUAGUUGAAGUAGGACCAAGAGAUGGAUUACAAAAUGAACCAAAGAUUGUACCUACUAAUACGAAAAUUCAAUUAAUAAAUAAAUUAUCUGAAACAGGUUUGCGUACUAUUGAAACGACAAGUUUUGUAUCACCAAAAUGGAUACCACAAAUGGCAGAUAAUAUUGAAUUAUAUACGCAAAUAAAAAAGAAUCCUGAUAUAUCGUACCCAGUACUAGUACCAAAUUUGAUAGGAUUAGAUAAUGCAUUAAAAGUAGGCAUUAAGGAAAUAGCAAUUUUUGGAGCAGCGUCAGAAACAUUUACAAAAAAAAACAUUAAUUGUUCUAUAGAGGAAAGUGUAACAAACUUUACAGCUGUGAUUAAACAAGCUAAAAAACAAAAUGUAAAAGUUAGAGGUUAUAUUUCUUGUAUCGUUGGCUGUCCUUACGAAGGAUACAUAGAGCCUAAAAUUGUAGUUAACUUAUCUUCAUUAAUGUUAGAUCUUGGAUGUUAUGAAAUAUCUUUAGGAGAUACAAUUGGUGUAGGAACACCUAAAUACAUUAAACGACUUCUGAAAGAAUUACAGAAGAUAUCAUCCUGUGAUAUGUCUAAAUUUGCUUUACAUUGUCACGAUACUUAUGGUCAAGCAAUAGCAAAUAUAUAUGUUGGUCUUGAAAAUGGCAUUAGAGUAUUUGAUUCUUCCGUUGCUGGGCUUGGAGGAUGUCCGUAUGCUGCUGGUGCUUCAGGAAACGUUGCAACUGAGGAUUUGUUAUACCUUUUACACGGGCAAGGCUUAGAAACUGGAGUAAAUAUAAAUAAAAUAGUAGAAAUAGGUAAUUAUAUCUGUAAGGAAUUAAAUAGAAAGAAUCAAUCUAAAGCUGGACUUGCUAUCUUUGCCAAAAAACGUCAUCAAUUUUAAAUAAAUAUAUAUAUAUAUAAACAAACUGUAUGUUAAAGUUUGUUUGUAUUAUUUAAGUCAUAU